AUUACUAUUUUAUGUAAUUAAACUUUAGUAUUACCUUUUAGUGUUUUGUACAAUUGCAUUUACUUGAACAAAACACAAAUCAUUUAUAAAUUAAGUGUAUUAAAGAACACAAUCAAAAUGGGUAAAGAUUGGGGAACUCUUGCCAAAAUGAGUGGCAUUACAUACUUUCGUCUCAGUUCAUAUGAACAGAAAGCUUUUUCUGGAAUGAUCAAAGACGGAUUACCUAACCUCAUACGUACCACUCAACAACUUGUACUACGAGCGGGACCUUUUUUUUUGGGCACUUAUUUGUUGAUGGAAUGGGCAGACGCAGAAUAUCGUAGAUUAAAUCGUAAACCUCACAGUCAUUAGUUCUAAACGUAAAAAUAUUGUAUAUAAUCAGUUACGUUUAAUAAGUAAUAUUUAGUAAAAUAAAAUUUAACAUCUUCAAAAAAA